AGGAGUUGUAAAUACUACGUAAGUCUGCUACGUGUGGACACCAUCCACCGCCAUUCUCAUAUUGUAGCGCCAGUAUUUGGAUUAGGUUCACCACAAGAGGAAUUAAAGCGUUUGGUCCAUUAUGUGCAGGCUUCUAACUGUUCAGUAACACUUCAUUCUAAUUUUCCCACAUAUUGUCACACAAUUGUAAGCGAUGAUGCUAGCGUACUCUUGAUUAGCUAUCAACCAUCUCUGGAUGUGCCGGAAGAUUUAGCAAAGUUAAGGAAUUUUCACGUUGUUACGCCAAUAAAACAUCACCACGGAGUUGGCCUAAACGUUCGCAAUCAUGGCAUCGGACCAGCUGGGAUGAAUCAGAGCAGUGAUAAGUUAUGGAUUCUCAAAACUCUUGAAGAAACAGUUGAUGAUUUAUUUGGCGGUCAGAAUAUUGAUCUGCUUAUUAUUGACAUGAAUGGUGGAGAGUUCACUUUAUUUCCCAACUUACUGCGGUUAGCCAAUGAAACACGUUUCACUCAGUUGAGCGUGCGGGGACAUGUUUGGUCGGAAGAGAAUGAGAACUUUCGUCAAUUAUACUGGAACUUGCGGCAGCUUGAAAGCUACGGAUACUUACAUCAAUAUGGACAAGUUGAAUUACCACGCUAUGACAUCGUGUAUGUACGAGAAUAA